GGCAUACAAAAGAUGCUCGAAGUCUAACUCGCAUUGGCUUUGUGUGUUCUGCUGUACAGAUAAAAAGGUACUAGUUCAGGAGGCUAUGGCCCUAUUGGCUUUGGCCUGCAAGAAAAACGAUAGCACAUGCGCUGACAACACGGGCACUGACAGUGACGAAUGUGUCCGUGUAGUACCUGCUGUUACGCGAUGCCUCAAACGACCGACUCCAACCGACACAAAAGUGAAAUCUCCGUUAACAUCAACAAGGGGAGUAAUACCACCUGGUACUGACAUUGGUAACAAUGCACCUUUAGUGGGAACCGACGAAUUGGAUAAAACCGUCACCGUUCCAAAUAGUCCUAAUGUCCUGAGGGAUGAAAAAUGGACUACGGUACGUGGGAAACGAAAAGAAAAAAUCUGUAGGCAGUACACAGGUAGUUAGUAACUCACUGAUGGACUCCCAUUGUGAGUCACAAACUGCACUACCAAAAUCUGGUGGUAAGAGUGAAAGCCAUCCUGGAGUGACUGAGAAGAAAAAUCAAAUAACAUCUAAUAUUAUUGUGAGCAAAUUGCGGGAGUCAAACUACUCUGAUCCUAAAAUUAGACACGCGCAUGAUUUAGAACAGCUAGGAGAAUAUAUUCGUAGUAUUUUACCAGAUAACUCUAAAGGAGUUCAGGUCAAAAAAUUGGUUAGAAUAGGCAAGAGAACUGAUGACAGUGUUGAACCCCGACCAUGCAGACUCCUUAAGGUAAUCCUAGGAUCGGGGAAGCAGCGGGAUCUCCUGUUAAGUAGCGCACGUUGUCACGACAGUUCUGACAUCUGAGUUAGACCUGACAUGUUUCUCGAAGAUAGAACAAAAAGGAAGAAGGCACUGGCUGGACUUGGAACCCGUCGGCAAAACGGUGAGGAAAAUCUC